CCAGUAGCUGUAGUACUUGGUCAGAAUAGGGAAUAUUUGAAAGAGAAGAUUAUUGGCGUGGUACGUCAUGGAGAGGAAAGAGGAGCGGAGAAGGAAGGCUUACCCUCGCAUAACUCAUAUCAAAAGAACCCUAAAGAUUGCGUGAGAGCCGAACCCGUAUUUUACAAGAAGCUGGAAGCAUCAUCAGAUGACGUGGCACUGCUGCGUGCUUAUGUUGGUGAUAGGCCUACAUGGAAGAAUCCCCAGCAUCCGUGGAGGCAUGACCCAAGGUUUAAGCUCACAGGAGUUCCUACCCUAAUUCGAUGGGAAGGAGAAGCUAUCAAAGGACGCCUUGAUGACCAUGAAGCCAUCUUGAAGACAAAAUUGCUGCCCUUGUUGCAUGAAAAGAAGUUAAUAUCGGAAAACAUGAUCCGCAAGUGGGCUGUUUUAAUCUGUGAAAACAUGGUCAAGAUGUUGAACAUAAAGUGGCCUAGUAAUAACUACAUCCAUCAUGAUGUUGCUAUGAAAAACACAAGUGCAUUAACCUACUCAAGCCUCCGUAUUUCCCAGCUCGUGGAUUAUGCUAGUACUGUGCCAAUUGCAGAAUUUGGCUACAGUAUGACUGCACUUGCAACUCAUUACUUGAGUGGGUGCUUGGUAUCUCAGACAUUUGAGCUUUGCAUUUGA